CAAGACUGAGUACUCCACCCUGACCAGGUUUUCCUAUUGCCAGUGUCGUCUGCGAAGUGUCUUCGGCAGUGUUUUGAAAGAGUUUGGCUGGAAGGACCUGGUCAUCAUCUAUGAUGUGGAUGAUGUGCAUUCCAACGAACUGGGGAUGACACUCAACGAGGGCUUGACGCAAGAGGGAUACAUGCCGAUCGUCAUCAAGUACUGCGAGUGCAGCAGCCAGAAAAUUCAGAGCAUCCUUCAAGACGCGAGUAAACAUGCCCGAGUUGUAAUCCUGAUCCUACCCGGGGACACACUGCGCAUGUUCAUGCUGGCUGCUCACGGCCUUGGCUACCCGCAAUCCGGAGACUACGUCUUCCUGGACGUGCAGCUGUUCACCUUCCCGGGACCCUACUGGGGCGACCACGACUGGCGACGGGACGACGACAGCGACGCCGCAGCCCGGGAAGCCUACGAUGCCAUCCUAAGGCUGUCGUUGUCGCUCACUGAGGGCGAUGACUGGCAGACCUUUUGCCGAGAGAGUGCAGAACAUAUCGCAAGAUCAGUUCAACUUUACCUUUGGUUCUGAACAGGUGAAUUUUUUAUUGGAGCGUUUCAUGAUGCCAUACUGCAUUAUGGAGAUGCUCUGAACAAGACUCUGUCACAAGGUGGCGAUAUUUUGGAUGGCUACACCAUCUCACGGUACAUGUGGAACAAGACAUUCAUAGGAGUUACAGGCGAAGUCAUCAUUGACAGAAAUGGAGACAGGGUCACCAACUUUGCCAUUCUAGACAUGAAUAUGGACACCGGACAUUUUGAGGUCGUUGGCAACUUCUUGGGGGAUGAUUUAAACUACACCCACAUCACUGGCAAGCACAUUCACUGGCCAGGUCCAAAGGGUACCCCGCCGGCUAACCGACCUGUCUGUGGAUUCAAAGGAGAGGACUUGGAAUGCCAGAAAAUGGACUGCUUCCUAGCUAUAUGGUGGCCAUCUUGUCGGUGCUGGCAGUGUCCAUCGGGCUCCUCGUGGCUUCAUUCUUUGUCUACAGGCGGCUUGUGACAGAGAAAGAACUGCGAAGCAUGGCCUGGAGAAUCGACCUGCAACAUAUUCGUUUCCGCCCGCUCCGGGCAGACAGCUCCAAAGUUUGCAGCUGGUCAGAGCUCACCUCCACAGGGACAAGUGCCGACACUGACAAGCAAUGCUUCACGAAUGUCGCCGUGUAUCAGGGAACUCGUGUUGCGGUCAAACAAAUUGAUGUGGAGAGGCUGGACAUUUCAAGGCGACUGCUCCUUGAAAUAAAGACGAUGCGAGACCUGCAGCACGAGAACUUGGCGAGAUUUGUAGGACUUUGCUUACAACCUAAAAAGGUGUACAUCCUGACAGAAUACUGUCCCAAAGGAAGUCUGCAGGAUGUGCUCCUCAACGAAAACAUCAAGCUCGACUGGACUUUCCGGCUGUCCUUGCUGACGGACGUUAUUAAGGGUAUGCGGUAUAUUCACAACUCAGGUCUGCAGUACCACGGCCACCUCACAUCAUCUAACUGUGUUGUGGACGGUCGCUUCAACCUGAAGGUGACAGACUUCGGUCUGCCAGACUUGCAGCGGCACCGCCACGUGUCCCAGCUCAACAACAACCACGAGUUUCUGGAAAAACUAUUAUGGGUAGCACCGGAACACCUCGGAAAGGUUGGCAAGGCAUAUCUUAUGAUCGGUGUCAGCCAGAAAGGAGACGUCUACAGCUUUGGUAUAAUUCUGGAGGAGAUCAUCCUCAGGUCACUUCCAUUUGAUACAUGCCGAGGCAUCAUCGAAACAAAAGACAUUCUGAAUAAAGUAAUGGCUCGGGAGUCGCCUCCCUUUAGACCCAAAGUGCCAGCCCAGGAGGCACCGGCGGGUCUGUUGCUGCUGAUGUUGCAGUGUUGGGAGGAGUCGCCGCUACUCCGCCCCACCUUUGAAGUCAUAUUCAAGAAAGUGAAAGCACUUCACAACAACAGGGAUGUCAACCUCGUGGACACACUCAUCAAACGGCUGGAAGAGUACGCUAGCAACCUCGAAGAUGUCGUGGAAGAAAGAACUCUCGAGCUGAUUGAAGAAAAGAAAAAAUCGGAGAUGUUGUUGUAUCAGAUACUGCCAAGGUGUGUGGCUGAGCAGCUGCGACAGGGCAAAGCCGUGGUACCUGAGCUGCACGACUGCGUCACCAUCUACUUCAGCGACAUCGUGGGCUUCACCACCAUGUCCGCUGACAGCACCCCCAUGCAGGUUGUUGAGUUUCUCAAUGAUCUCUACUCAUUGUUUGAUUCUGUCAUCGAGAAUUACGAUGUGUACAAGGUGGAGACCAUCGGCGAUGCUUACAUGGUGGUGUCCGGCCUGCCGCAACAAAACCGCGACUCGCACGCCGCCGAGAUCUGCCGCAUGGCGCUGCAGCUCCUGGUCCGCACGCAGACCUUCCACAUCCGGCACCGACCUCAAGACCAUCUGCUGCUGCGCAUCGGUGUCCACUCUGGACCAUGCUGUGCUGGGGUAGUAGGGCUGAAGAUGCCCCGAUACUGUCUGUUCGGAGACACUGUCAACACUGCCUCGCGAAUGGAGUCUACAGGUGAAGCUCUGAAGAUCCACGUGAGUUCUUCAACUAAAGAGAUUCUCGACAAAUAUGGAACGUUUGUGACUGAGCUGAGAGGACAGGUGAAAAUGAAGGGCAAGGGGAUGCAAACCACUUAUUGGCUGCUGAGAGAGAACCCCGAGUUGUCCUCACAGACAGCACCAGAGACUAGAGCUUGCGUUACUUUUACCACACCAUAAAGUGCACAAUUGAAGAAAGAAGAAGAGGAUUAUUUUUACCACAGAUGAGGGUAAGGGGGAGAGAGAGGAUUGGGAAAAGGGGAAAAGCCAGGCACUUUGCUCAUCUGCUUACCAAACUAUACAAACUAUGCACGCCUCCUAGAAAAAGUUCGUUUAGGUGUAGUCCGUGUGCUAAAAUUUAACUUUCGUUUGUUCUACAUAUCUAUCUAUAUCGGUUUUCAUUAUAAAAAUUUCAUUCUAUUUUUUUUUAUCUUGUUGGCUUAAGUACGGGGGUUGAUGCUUACAUAAUCGAUGAAGCCAUGAACCGUGUUAAUGAAAGUGCAGCUACGUUGUUUGUCGUAUCAUGGGACUGUUUGUCAACCACAGAUGACAUGUUUGCUUGCUUAGUUUUUACAGUUUUUUAAUCGCCGAACCACCUAAUAGCUUGUUCCUUACAUUUUAGACUAAGGAUGUACGUGUGUCAUCGGUAUACAGUAACUGUUGAUGUGGUGUGUCCUAUGUUGAUGAGACAUCCGACAUGUCUACUUGUCUUCGUCGCCGGUCAACAUGCUUUUAUGCUUACAUUGGCCAUCGUGAGCUGAGUGCACUAUAGUUCUGUGGCUUCCCUGAUUCACAACUUCAUUAAAAAAAAACUGUGGACUCCGCCUCGCCAUCACUGCUCAAACCGACUGCUGUCAUCUUGUGGCAUGCUCGUGCACAGCAUUAUCUUUUUCUGCCUUGCAUUUAUGACUUGCUUGGUACUUAAUCGUUUAUUACAGUUUUACAAUGUCUGUUUGCAAUUACUUGUUAAUAUAUAUGUUCUGUGUUUAAACGAUUCUUAGGAGCUUUUUCAAAAUUAUUUGCUUUUAUUGGUGCAUUGGCUCUACAGUACAAAAAUAUACUAAUCUUUAUUAUUAUUAUUAUUAUUAUUAUUAUUAUUAUUAUUAUUAUUAUUAUUACUACAACAUUUAGA